AUGCGUUCGCGGCGCAACUUUGACAUGCACAUGGUCGACAAUCGAGGCAGACUUUUGAUGAGCUCUUCGAGGUACGGCGGAGGAUACAAUUGCGGAAUCGAUCAGUUGGAGACGUGGCAUCGCGGACAAUCGAUCGGAAUGCUUUCGAGGGAUUGUUGCGAUGGAAAUGUACUUAUGUCUGUCUUUCAUUCAUCUAUUUUGAAUCAUUUUUCAGUUCUACCUGCGAGUCGCCGGAUGCAAUGCCGAGUUCGCGAUUGCCACUCCGCAAAGUGCUCUUUCGAGCCCGUUGUGCCGCGCGAGACACACGCUCCCAUUCCCGGUGUACGUUCAGGGCGGCGCCCGUGUCGCCGAGAUUAUCCGUUUGGAUCCCGGAUGGAUGGAGUGGGUCAGCGACGCCGACACGUAUAUGAUACACUGUGAGGUGGAAAGUUGUAUGUGCAAGUUCUGAUAUCAUUUUACAGUUCCUGCCGACAUGCCACCUAUCAUCAAGCUUCUCCUUCUACAAUCCACUUUUCUGAUUGUUAGUUUCACGUGGCACAACUUUUAUUGGUUUACGGGAUUUACAGGACUUUACGUACUUUGAAGAUCGUCAGCAACGCCAAGCACAUUAUGCAUACUAA